AUGGACAAAAAAAAAAGUUCUCAAACUAAAAGGAACAUAGUAGAAUCAACAGAUAAUAAAAAGAAGGAUGUAAUGAAGAACCAAGUUAAAGAUAAGAAACAAGGCAAAAAAGAUAAACCAAGUGACGAUGAAGAUAACAUAAAUCAAGGCGGUAAUCAAUCUUUUUGUGAAGAUCAAAAGGAUUCUAAAAACAUUAUUUCUGAAAAAGAUUUGGAACCUAAAUCAUUGGACUAUGAUAAUGAAGAAGGACAGAGGAAUAAAAACAAAAAUGAAAAUAGUCAGAUAAAAGUUCAUGGUAAAAACAACAUUAAUUUGCAUGAAGAUCCACUUCAUUCAUCAGUAAAUGAAGAUUCAAAAGUACGGAGGGAUGACAAAAAAAACAAAAAAACAAGCCAUCAAAGUUUGAGUGGAGAACAAAAAAGUCAUAAAAAUGUUCAAAAGCAAAACAAAUGGCCUGAGAAAGAUUGCAUUGAUGACAAUAUGAAACAAGCUCAUGAUAGAAAAAUUGAUUUGCAUAAGUAUACACGCAAAUCAGAGGGAGCAGAAAGACCGAGGGAUAAAUACAAAAAUAACAAUGGUCAAAAGCAGAGCAGAUUUUCUGAUGCAUGUGUUUUAAAGGAAAUAGAUGAAGACAUUUUCAAAUUAUCAAAGGAAUAUUCUCUUGCUCAUUGUGUUGCUGAAGACUUACGAAUGGGUGCUGGCAUAGCUGUUGAUUUCAAAAAUAUCUUUGGUGGUGUUGGUAAACUAGUUGAUCAGAAAUUAAAAAUAGGUGAUGUUGGUAUAGUUAAACGUCACGAUCAAUAUGCAUUUUAUUUGAUAACAAAAAAAACUAGUAAUGGUAAACCUACAAUGAUUACAAUGGAAAAAGCGCUCCGUUCACUUUUAAACAAAAUGAAAGAAUACAAUUUAACAAAAUUAGGAAUACCAACAAUUGGUUGUGGAUUGGAUAGACUUGAUUGGUCUGAUACAAAAUCGCUCAUAAAUAAAAUAUUUUCUGGAUCUGGUAUUCAGAUAACAGUAUGUGUACCUUCAAAAUUACUAGAUUCGAAAAAACCGCCGAGAUUAACAGUUUACAUUACACCAAAACAUUUAUGGGAAAUGGAAACCGAAACCAUUAUUAUUUUAUUUAUUGACUUAGAAAAAACAUGCAACGAGAAUUGGACAGAUCAUAUAGUAGAUAAAGUUGACGCUAAAUACCCAUUCAAAAAAAACUUAUUAAGUGAUAUCAGAAAUAAGAAGCCUAACCCUGGUGACAUAACAGAAUACAAUGUUAAGAAUGAAUAUAUAAUUUGUAUAUUUACCACUGAAAAUACAUAUUACGGUUCUCUAGAAAAUGGAUUUAAAACCAUACAAAAAAAAUACAAAGAAUAUAAGUAUUUGGCUAUUCAAAGUGACCUUAUUGAUUACCCUAGCGACAAUUUUCAACGUAUAUCAUGGAUAGUAUUAAUAUCUCGUUCGGUUAUUCACUCUUCUGAAUUAUGGUUAUGUGGUGAUGCCAAACAAAAUAAUUACAAGGUGAAUUAUGAUGAAUAUUGUAAAAAUCUACUCCCUAUGAAUAAUUCAUUUCAAUAUAAUUCUCCAAAUCAAAAAUACAACAGAUAUAAUAAUGAUCGUCGUAGUAAUUUUAAUACAAAAGAAACAAGUAAUCAACAUUGA